GACGCAUAGGCCUAGGAGGUGCGGCAUCGCCCUUACUUAAGUCCGUUCGCGUGUCCGCGGGCUGCGGGGAGGUGGCUGCAGCCCCGCCCACUCAGUGUCUCCGUUGCUGACGGUGGGUGGAGUCACGCACGAGAAGCUUCUGGAGACCGCUCAAGAGGCGGACCCAGGCUCCGACCCGCCCAUUUAGCAAAUCAGCGCAGCCAAACCACGCGUAGCAGUGGACAUGGCUCACGGGUCAGCAGGCCGUGUGUUGCGAGGCUGCGAGCCGCCGCUCCAGCUCCUUGUUGGGCCUCUGCCUCUACUUCUGGUCCUGUGGCACACGCCGCCCAGCGCAGGUUCCUUGCAUGUGAAGAUGGCAGGGACAACUCAGACUGUGCUCCUGAAUGACAAUGCCACUGUUUUCUGCCAAGUCUAUGGUCACCCUUCCCCGAACAUAACAAUAAUGGGUAUCACCUGGUUUUGGAAGGGUCCGGCGUCUGCAACAGAAGUUAAGCUAUUUGAGUUUUUUGGAGGACACCAAAUGAUAGGUCGACCUGGAGCCAUGGUGCCUCUAAAGAAUCUGGAGAGUGGGAAUGCCUCCCUGCAGCUGCCAGGGAUCCAGCUGAGGGAAGCCGGAGUGUACCGAUGUGAGGUGGUGAUCACCCCUCACAAAGCAGUGGGACAAGUCAAGCUGGAGGUGGUGGCUUCCCCAGUCAGCAACUUGUUUCCGGAGCAAGCCGUGGUAAAAGAAAACCAAGAAACACAUAUCUUGUGUAUGUCAAGCGGGUUACACCUUAACAACAUUACCAUAACGUGGAGAAAGUUAUCCCAGAAGGAUCCUCAGGAGAUUUCUGAGGGCAUCAUCACUAAUCACACCAAUGAGAAUGGUAUGUUUAAUGUCACUAGCUUCUUGAUGCUGAAGCCAUCUCUGGAUGACAGUAUGACCAUCUACCAGUGUGUGAUACAUCACAAAUCCUUGCCUAGCCCCCAGAAGCUCAAUUUCACCUUGACUGUGAUAGAAUCUGAGAAGGCAGCUUGUAUUUUGAAGAACAUUUUUUUAUACAUUGGAGCAAUCUUGUUAGCUGGACUGAUUUUAUCAAUUAUUUUUAUUUUUUUAAAAAAGGUACUACCCCAAACAAAUCCCUUAUCCUCCAUCUUGAAAGCUUCUCGAAACACCCAAACUUAUACAGGAGAGACUGAAGAAUUAUAAUGAAGUGCUUUCAUUAUGAUGCAUUCGUGCCUUAUUCAGAUGGAGGAAACACUAGAAGAAUACUGGACGUUCUUACAAAGAAACAGCAGAAAUAAGGUUUCUCAGCAAAUGCAUAAGUAACUGAAAUUACUUUUCCUGAUGGCCUGAAUGGUUUGCUCUAGAGCAGACUGUUCAUGCUUCCUUCCCUGCUAGCCUUCUGCCAAUCAGCUCAUCCAAGAAAAAGAAAGAAACACUUUCCAAAGAAGACAUACAGACGGCCAACAGAUACAUGAAAAGGUGCUCAACA